AACAAUUUUAUAUUUGAGGUUGUGUACACUUUACAUAUGUUAAAACGUCAAUAUAUAAAUAAAACUGUUUAUAUUUUAAUCUCAAUAAAUAAAUAAAUAAAAACAUCAACAAAAAUGCCUACAAGUGAUAAAAGAAAGCGAGAUGAUGUUCUUGCACUUGUUCCAGCAUCGAAAAGAACAAAAAAUGAAGUUGCUGUUUCUAGUAAUCGUGAUAAAGCUGUUAUUCAAAGUGGUCCACCAAGAACAUCAUCAUUGAUGUCACCAAUUAUGCUCCUUGAAGGACAUGGUGGAGAUAUAUUUUCACUUGAAUUUCAUCCAGAUGGACAGUACUUGGCAUCAACUGGUUUUGACAGACAAAUUUUUAUUUGGAAUGUCUAUGGUGAAUGUGAAAACAUUGGUGUUAUGUCUGGUCACAGUGGUGCAAUUUUAGAUAUGCAUUUUAGUGCAGAUGGUAGUAAUUUAUAUACAGCAAGUACUGAUAUGACACUUGGUCUUUGGGAUUUUAUUGCUGGUGUUAGAAUAAAAAAAUUAAAAGGACAUACUGGAUUUGUUAAUUCUGUUGGUAGUGCUAGACGUGGAUUAGUACAACUUUGUUCUGGUAGUGAUGAUAGCACAAUUAAAAUUUGGGAUCCAAGAAAACGUGGACAGUGUUAUACACUUGAUAACACUUAUCAAGUUACAUCUGUUACAUUCAAUGACACAGCAGAACAAGUAAUAUCUGGUGGUAUUGACAAUGAUAUCAAAGUCUGGGACUUAAGAAAAAAUUCAGUACUUUAUAAAUUAAAAGGACACACUGAUACAAUAACUGGAUUGAGUCUCAGCCCAGAUGGUUCAUAUGUGUUAUCAAAUUCAAUGGACAAUUCAUUGAGAAUUUGGGAUGUUAGACCUUUUGCACCUUUUGAAAGAUGUGUUAAAAUAUUUUCUGGUCACCAGCAUAAUUUUGAAAAGAAUCUUUUGCGAUGUGCCUGGUCACCUGAUGGUAGCAAAGUUUCUUGUGGAUCUGCUGAUCGUUAUCACUAUAUUUGGGAUACGACAUCAAGGAGGAUUCUAUACAAAUUACCUGGACAUAAUGGAUCAGUUAAUGAUGUAGAUUUUCAUCCCAAAGAACCAAUUGUUUGCUCUGGAUCAAGUGAUAAGCAAGUUUUUAUUGGUGAAAUUGAAGAAUAAAAAAUAGCUACUAAAAGAAAAUAUUGUAAAUUUGUUUGUUUUUUUUUUUUUUUUUCAACAAAAGACAGAAAAAAAAUAUCAUUUUAACACACUUAAUAAAAUAAUUAUAAACA